AUGUCCUCAAAUAAAGAUAUCUUCACUCUAUUCGAUAAAAAGGGCCAAGGUGCCAUCCCAUCCCAAUUGGUCGCCGAUUACUUAAGAGCUGUAGGCUACAACCCUACCAAUCAACAAACUAAUGAUAUACUCUCUUCUUCUGGUUCCCCAGAUACUUUGUCUUUCGAUCAAUUAUCUCAAUUGAUCGAAGAUAAUAAAGAUACUCUAGAAGCCACUACUACUGCUCAAGUAGAUGACUUCAUUAAAGCUUUCCAAGUUUUCGAUAAAGAAAAUACAGGCAAAGUAUCAGUAGGUGAUUUGAAAUACAUGCUUACUGGUUUGGGUGAAAAAUUAUCAGAACAAGAAGUUGAUGAAUUGUUAAAAGGGGUUCAAAUAGAUCAAGAUGGUGGUAUUGAUUAUAAGAAAUUCAUUCAAGAUAUAUUAACUCAAUGA